AGAGACCAUCGAAGCUUUACGUCGACUAAACCAACACUAAGUUUUCAACCUACAAGAUGGGUCGGGCCGAAUUCAACUUGGCAUCACCCAGUUCCAAUGCUAAGUUGGCCGGUGAAGUAAGUAUCAAUUGUGAAGUGCCUCUAAUUGAUGUUGGGCAAUAAGUUGGUCGAUAAUUUUAGCGUCCGUCCACGCCAAUGCUAAUGGCAACGGUUUGUCUGAUGUACAAUAUCGUAGACUGUGUGAGUGCAUGAGGUGGUGGCAUCACGAGAGUGUUACACGGAAGCAUAAAAACAUGGAGGAUGGCGGCGUAAGAGGUGGUACCUGGUACGUGGCUGCUCCCGAAAAUGUUCAUGGACACUCGGAUGCAGCUCAUUGGAGUUGAUAUCAUCAUCAUAUCAUGUCCCAAAUUAAACUAUCUCUCUUUGUUUUUUCUCUUAUUUUCCUGUGAUAUUCCAUGUUCCCCUUAAGCUAUGCUAAGCUAAGCUACUUACCAUUGAUAUCAACUCCAUGGCGAAUCCAACCUCACCCUCACCCAACCCUGAUAAGGCUCAAUCCUCUGCUGGCCCGAAAAGUGACAAGAAGGAUUAUUCCACUGCAAUACUAGAACGCAAGAAGUCCCCUAACCGUCUAGUAGUUGAUGAAGCAAUUAAUGAUGAUAAUUCAGUGGUUACUCUGCACCCUGUUACAAUGGAAAAGCUUCAACUUUUCCGGGGUGACACGGUUCUGAUAAAGGGAAAGAAGAGAAGGGACACAAUAUGCAUUGUUCUUACUGAUGAACUGUGUGAUGAGCCAAAAAUAAGGAUGAAUAAGGUUGUUCGGGCUAAUCUUCGAGUGCGGCUUGGAGAUGUUGUCUCUGUUCAUCAAUGUCCUGAUGUCAAGUAUGGGAGUCGAGUUCACAUCCUUCCAAUUGAUGAUACUAUUGAGGGUGUCACUGGCAACUUGUUUGAUGCAUAUCUAAAGCCAUAUUUUCUGGAGUCAUACCGGCCAGUGAGGAAAGGGGACUUGUUCCUCGUUAGGGGCGGGAUGCGAAGCGUUGAAUUCAAAGUAAUAGAGACUGAUCCUGGAGAAUACUGUAUUGUGGCACCUGAUACUGAAAUCUUCUGUGAGGGGGAACCCAUCAAAAGGGAAGAUGAGGAGAAAUUGAAUGAAGUUGGCUAUGAUGAUGUUGGUGGUGUUAGGAAGCAAAUGGCGCAAAUUCGAGAGCUUGUAGAGCUUCCACUUAGACACCCGCAACUCUUCAAAUCAAUUGGCGUUAAGCCCCCAAAAGGGAUAUUGCUUUAUGGACCACCUGGUUCUGGGAAGACUCUGAUUGCAAGAGCAGUGGCUAAUGAGACAGGUGCAUUCUUCUUUCUGAUUAAUGGACCCGAAAUCAUGUCGAAGCUGGCCGGUGAGAGCGAGAGCAAUCUGAGGAAGGCGUUUGAAGAAGCUGAAAAUAACUCCCCUUCCAUCAUUUUUAUUGAUGAGUUGGACUCGAUUGCUCCCAAGAGAGAGAAGACACACGGUGAAGUGGAGAGGCGUAUUGUUUCGCAGCUUUUAACUCUAAUGGAUGGCCUCAAGUCUCGAUCGCAUGUUAUUGUAAUUGGAGCCACAAAUAGGCCUAAUAGUAUUGAUCCUGCUCUCAGAAGGUUCGGAAGGUUUGAUCGGGAGAUUGACAUCGGCACACCGGACGAAAUUGGAAGGUUGGAGGUUCUUAGAAUUCAUACAAAGAAUAUGAAACUUUCAGAUAAUGUUGAUCUUGAAAGAGUAGCUAGAGAUACCCAUGGUUAUGUUGGAGCAGAUCUUGCUUCUCUUUGCACAGAGGCUGCACUGCAGUGUAUCCGGGAGAAAAUGGAUGUGAUUGACUUAGAGGAUGAAACAAUUGAUGCCGAGGUGUUGAGUUCCAUGGCUGUGACCAACGAACACUUCCAAACUGCUUUAGGUUCUUCAAACCCAUCUGCCCUGCGCGAAACAGUUGUGGAGGUUCCAAAUGUUUCAUGGGAUGAUAUUGGAGGCUUAGAGAAUGUCAAAAGGGAGCUUCAAGAGACUGUUCAAUACCCAGUGGAACAUCCUGAAAAGUUUGAGAAAUUCGGCAUGGCACCUUCCAAAGGUGUUCUCUUCUAUGGACCUCCUGGCUGUGGUAAAACCCUGUUAGCAAAAGCAAUUGCUAAUGAAUGCCAAGCCAACUUCAUAAGUGUCAAGGGCCCUGAGUUGCUGACAAUGUGGUUUGGUGAAAGCGAGGCCAACGUUCGCGAAAUAUUUGAUAAGGCCCGGGGAUCAGCUCCAUGUGUGCUUUUCUUUGAUGAACUUGACUCAAUUGCAACCCAGCGAGGCAGUUCUGUAGGGGAUGCUGGCGGUGCUGCAGAUAGGGUGUUGAACCAACUAUUAACAGAAAUGGAUGGUAUGACUGCUAAGAAAACGGUUUUCAUCAUCGGCGCAACAAACAGACCAGACAUCAUAGACCCUGCAUUGCUCAGGCCGGGACGAUUGGACCAACUGAUUUACAUUCCUUUACCGGAUGAAAGUUCACGCCUUCAAAUCUUCAAGGCGUGUUUGAGGAAGUCGCCAAUCUCUAAGGAUGUUGACCUGGCUGCUCUGGCCCGUUACACUCAGGGAUUUAGUGGUGCUGAUAUUACUGAAAUUUGUCAACGAGCUUGCAAAUAUGCCAUCAGAGAAGAUAUUGAAAAGGGUAUAGAGCAGGAAAGAAGAAAAAGAGAGAACCCAGAAGCCAUGGAAGAAGAUGAGACUGAAGAGGAGGUAGCUGAGAUAAAACCAGCUCACUUUGAAGAGUCAAUGAAGUUUGCUCGCCGGAGUGUCAGUGAUGCUGACAUCAGGAAAUACCAGGUGUUUGCUCAGACCUUGCAACAGUCUCGUGGAAUCGGAACGGAGUUUCGGUUUCCUGACCGAAAUGAGAACACUGCAACAGCAACAGCCUCUGAUCCUUUCUCGUCUGUUACCGCAGAUGGAGAGGAUGAUCUCUACAGUUAAUGGAAGUGUCCGAUGUGAGUUGGGGUAUGUGGUUCAUGUCCACUUGUUUUUGUAUUUCUGCCAUGACUUAGCUUGUAUCAUAUAAUUUUGUGCUAAUAAGUGUUUGCAUUCUUUUUUCUUGAAUGUGAAUGUGAUACUAAGAGAUCAGACAUCAGACAUGUGAGAUAAGAAGGAAACAGGUAGAAAAAAUGUGUGAAAGUUGAAUGUUAAUAAAAUAGUGUGCAAAAAUAAUCCCCUUCAUGUUGAAGGAGCAGUUGUAUUACAAUGAGGGUAAGCUUAAUUUUGCUCUCAUAUUUGAUUUGUAGAGUAUAUAUCAGCUAUAUAUAUCUUUAUUAUAGCAGAGAGAUUAUAUGCUUUGUGCA